UUCUAUUUUCCAAAAGCUCGGUCUGAGGCCCCUCAGUCUUGCUUCCUACCCCGCGCUUGAGUUUCUCCCCGGUUGGAUGGUCUCAGGGGCACUAAGAAGAGACAAUUCCUGGUUUCCUGGGAGGGCCUUGUUCUCCUUGGCAGAAGCUCAACUCCUGAUUCCCGCCCUCCCUUCUCAUUUUAGGAAUGUUAUGCUGAGAAGCCACAGAAAAGGGUAUGGCCUUAUUUUGCCAAAGAAAACACAGCAGUUACACCCUGUUUUGCAGAAACCAUCAGUGUUUGGGAAUGAUUCUGAUGAUGAUGAGACCUCCGUGAGUGAAAGUCUUCAGAGGGAAGCUGCAAAGAAGCAGGCCAUGAAACAGACCAAACUGGAGAUGCAGAAGGCCCUUGCAGAAGACUCCACUGUAUAUGAAUAUGACAGUAUUUAUGAUGAGAUGCAGAAAAAAAAGGAAGAAAGUAAUCCCAAAUUACUUUUGGGAAAAGAUCGAAAGCCUAAGUAUAUCCACAACUUACUAAAAGCAGUUGAGAUCAGAAAAAAGGAACAGGAAAAAAGAAUGGAAAAAAAAAUACAGAGAGAACGAGAAAUGGAGAAAGGAGAAUUUGAUGAUAAAGAGGCAUUUGUGACAUCUGCUUAUAAAAAAAAGCUGCAAGAAAGAGCUGAAGAAGAAGAAAGAGAAAAAAGAGCUGCUGCAUUAGAAGCACGUUUGGAUGUAACCAAGCAGAAAGAUCUCAGUGGAUUUUAUAGGCACCUAUUAAAUCAAGCAGUUGGUGAAGAAGAAGUACCAAAAUGCAGCUUUCGUGAAGCCAGUUCUGGAAUAAAGGAAGAAAAAUCAAGAGGUUACUCAGAUGAAGUAAACUCAGAGAACAGAAUACCACAGGAGAGAUGUAUUUUCCAAACUUGUGUGGUAGAGAAGGAAACCCGAGAUGCAGACAGUGACUUUGAUACUAAGAGCAGUGAAGAUGAUAAAAUGGGAGAAAAUAAAGUGAAUCGCAGAAGGGAAAAGGUCACAGAGACCUCCAGGAAUUAUUCCAAGCAUCUCAAGAAUCAUACCCACUCAAGAUCAUCUAGUGAAGAAAGAGGGCAUAGUGCCAAACACCACACCAAAAGUUCCAAGUCCAGAGGGCAUGAGAAAAGGGAAGAUGAGCACCAAGAGAGCCAAUCCAGACACCAGGAAAACUGUUAUAUUGACUAUGACCACAGGAAAGCAAAGGAUUCUCAUAAACCCAGAGAGGCCAGUUAUAGAGAGUCCCACUGGAAGAGGCAUGAACAUGAAGAUAAACCAAGGGGAGACCAGAGAGAAAGAAAUGACAGAGAAUGGAAAAGAGAGAAAUAUUCUUCAAGGGAACAAGAAAGAGAUAGACAACGAAAUGAUCAUGACCGAUACAGUGAGAGAGGUGGGGAGAAGGAAGAGAAGAGCAAAGAAAAGGAAGAACACAUGAAAGAAAAGAAGGAAAGAUAUGAAAAUAAUGAUAAAUACAGAGAUAGGGGAAAACAAGAAGUAAGUGUUCAGUCUUCAGAAAGAAAUCACAGAAAAGAAGACAGAUCAAAUUCUAGGGCAGAAGAAGAGUUUCUUGAUCAUGAAAGAACCAGCAAAAUGAGAAAUAUGGAAAAGAACAAAGAAAGAGACCAAGAGAAGCCCUCUGGUUCUCAAACAUCACUGGGACCAAAACACAGAUUCACAGAGGAAAGACAAGAGCAGGGCAAAGAACAAGAGAGACUAACAGAGGCAGUGAGUAAGUUCGCGAAGAGGAAUAAUAAAGAAACUGUAAUGUCAGCUAGAGACAGAUACUUGGCCAGGCAAAUGGCACGGGCUAAUGCAAAAACCUAUAUUGAGAAAGAAGAUGAUUAAUGCCUCCCCAACCAGAAGAUCUGUGGAAGCCCAGGACGUAGUGACUCCUAGGACUUGUUUUGUGAAUGCACUGUGAAAUGUGUUAACAGUAGUUGAGGGAGAGUAUUUUAAAAUGAUUUUUUCAAAAUUUAUUUUUUACUUAAGUUUAAGUCAAAAGUCAGUCCUUUAAUCUGACUGUUUAACUGGAGAUAGCUAUAUAUGUAUGUAUGUGUAUAUGUAAUAUUUCUUUAUCUGUACUGUAUUCUUGGUUGUAUUCAAGAACCAUAAGUUUGUCUGAAUCCCGGAAGGUACUUAAUGAGGAAAAUUGGCUCCACUGCAACCACUAAAAAGUAAGCAGCUUUCCUGAUAAUGUUGCUCUUGUUACAGUAGCUUUUGUUUUAUAAAUGUUGUAUUUCAGGUAAAUACAUGUAAAAAUUUGAAGAAGUAUAAAAUGUAAGUCAUGUAUCUUGUCUAAGUAACUUUUCAGCCCACAACAAAUUUGGCUUAAAUGAAAAUUUAAAAAUAA